CCGUAGCCGGCCUCGCGCGUCCCCGGCGUGGCGAAGGGCUGCUGCCUGCCGGCGGGACUUCCGUGUUGGCGGGAUUCUGAACGCUGCCAUGGCUCAGACGGUGCAGAACGUUACAUUGUCCCUCACCCUGCCCAUCACGUGCCACAUCUGCCUGGGGAAGGUCCGUCAACCUGUUGUGUGUACCAACAACCAUGUGUUUUGUUCUAUCUGUAUUGACUUGUGGUUGAAGAAUAACAGCCAGUGUCCAGCUUGCAGAGUUCCUAUCACUGCAGAAAAUCCCUGCAAAGAGAUUAUCGGGGGAACAGGCGAAAGUGAGCCUAUGCUGAGCCCUGCAGUCAGGAAGCACCUUCGGAGGACGAGGCUCGAGCUGCUGCACAAAGAGUAUGAGGAUGAAAUAGAUUGUUUGCAGAAAGAAGUAGAAGAACUUAAAAGUAAAAAUCUCAGCUUGGAGUCACAGAUCAAGACUAUUCUGGACCCUUUAACCUUGAUGCAGGGCAGCCAGAAUGAGGACAAACACCCAGUGGCAGAUAACCCGAGUAAAGUUGACCCAGAAACAGUAGCAGAGUGGAAGAAAAAACUCAGAACAGCUAACGAGAUCUAUGAAAAAGUAAAAGACGAUGUAGAUAAGUUAAAAGAGGCAAAUAAAAAAUUGAAGUUGGAAAAUGGUGGCCUGCUGAGGGAGAACUUAAGACUGAAGGCUGAAGUAGACAACAGAUCUCCCCAAAAGUUUGGAAGGUUUACAGUUGCUGCUCUUCAGUCCAAAGUAGAACAGUAUGAACGUGAAACCAAUCGUCUCAAGAAAGCUCUCGAGCGAAGUGAUAAAUACAUAGAGGAGUUAGAAUCUCAGGUAGCACAACUGAAACACUCAGAUGAGGCGAAGGAAGACAUGGAUGCCCUUUGCCAGAGAGCACCCUCUGUGGAUGGCAAGGGACCCAAAGGCAGUGAGGAGGUUGUGACAUCAAAGAAUCAGAGUGACAGUGCCAGGAAGCAGGCUGGCUCAGCCACCGCUACUACAGCCUCUCACGUGACAACACCUCGUGGCAGACUCACCGAUGGCACCAGCAAGGCGGAACCAAACUGCCCCAAGAACAAAGACAGGUACCCCAAGCCCACAGAGAUGCUGCUGGGGAUGCGAGAGACACCCAUGGACGCUUACUUAGAAGGAGAGUGGGGCAGUAAGCCAAGUGACUGUGCGCCCUUCAAAGAGGAAGAGCUCUAUGACCUUCCGGCUCCUUGCACUCCUCUGUCCCUUAGCUGCCUUCAGCUCAAUACUCCAGAAACCAGGGAGAGCUCCGUAACCAAAGCAGGCAGUUCCAAACAGCAUGCGAACCAUCUGAGAAAACUGGUGUUUGACGAGUUUUGUGACUCUCCAAAUGCCGGUAAUAACAACGCCGAGGGUGAUAUGAACGGAAAUGAGAAUGAAAAGAAAUCAGACCGCUUUGCUUCCCCAAAGACAGGGUUUUGGGAUUGUUGUUCCACAAGCUAUGCCCAAAGCUUGGAGUUUGACAGUUCACAGGGAAACACGAUAGCAAAUUCUGUUGGGGAAAUACCUUCAAAAUUGAGUGAGAGGUCAGGAUCAUGCUUGUCCAAGAGACUAAAUUGUAUUCGCUCUCUUGAAAUGAACCGGACAAGAACAUCCAGCGAAGCAUCCAUGGAUGCUGCUUAUCUGGACAAAAUCUCUGAGCUGGAUUCCAUGAUGUCGGAAUCGGACAAUAGCAAGAGCCCUUGUAGUAACGGUUAUAAAUCAGUGGAGUUGGAGGGGUCCUCAAAGUCCCCUCGAGGCAGUGAGUUUCUUGAGGAGUCUGACAAGUUGGAAGAAGGAACUAAACUGAAUCUUUCCAAAAGUGCUCUCACUACUGAUCAGUUAGAAAAUGGAGGUGAGUGGAAACCCACUUCUUUUUUUCUCCUCUCUCCAUCUGACCAGGAGAUGAGUGAAGAUUUUUCUCUGCAUCCCACUUGUAAUUCAGGAGCUAGUGAAAUCAAACCCCAGAGCUGUCUGUUUCAGACAGAGUUUUCCCAGGGUGCUCUGUUAAGUGGUUCCCAUGGACUAUUUGAAGAUCAAAGGUUUGGGUCCUCUUUAUUUAAGAUGUCCUCAGAGAUACAGAGCCUUCACAGCCACCUGCAGUCUCCGUGGUCUACUUCCUUUGUCCCCGAAAAGAGGAGUAAGAAUGUGAAUCAGUCAACAAAAAGGAAGAUACAGAGCGGCCUCUCCAACGCCAGCCCGUCCAAAGCAACUAAAAGCUGACUCACCAGAGACACCCCCUGGCUUUGUCCUGAAAGGGGUGUGGACGCUUUUAUUGCUGCUGCUGUCACUUCGUGAAGGUUCUAUACGAUCCCGAACUGGUAAUCUUCAGUAAAGUGUCAAGUCAGAGAGGUGGGUGCCCUGUGCCCAGGGCACUUCAUCUUGAAGGGACUUUUGCUUUCAUUGGCCUUUCUUACCAGAGAGGUUAGGGGGAGGGGUUCAUCUGUCUCUGUAUUGGUUAUUACUUUGUUUUAAAUGAAUGUUAUGUGUAUCUGGAUUGACUUUAUGUUGUUUUCAUAUAUCUUAUAUAACUGUUAGAUAUGGUGGCCUGUUAACUCUCUUCAGAACUUAUUUCUUAAAGCGCUUUCUGUAAAGCUAUUCCUAGAGUGGAAAUGAUUUUUGUAUGUCCUUUUUUAUUUAUGUUUCUUGAUGGCCUAAUUUUUAUGCAAGGCCAUGCAGGAGAAAUGGCACUCUGACCUGGGAGUUUUCAUUGACAUUUUCUUAGGUUUUACAUAGUUGUUCAUUGGGUUCUGUCGUGUGUGUGUGUGUGUGUGUGUGUGUGUGUGAGAGAGAGAGAGAGAGAGAGAGAGAGAGAGAGAGAGAGAGAGAGAGAGAGAGAAAAUGAAUGCUCUGCUAGUAUGAAAGAACUUAUUUUUUUGUAGUAGUUUAUAUCUGCCCAUCUGUGUGUGUGUGCAUGUGUGCUUGAAGUUGGAAAUUGUUAUGUAUUGGAAGACAAGCAUGGGCAGUUGGGUUGGGAGGAACUUGAGCAUCCCAGCUUUGUUUUCCAGAUGUGUAGGUAGAGAAGCAGUCUGUUAGGUGUUUAUCCAUUGUGUCACAGGAAGCCUUUUAUGGGAUAAAGUUCUUGUUUGCAUGUUACUGCUCACUGUGGGCACUGUAAGCAUGGGAGCCCUUUUGCUUGCUCCAUUCUCCAUCUGGAGGAGAAAGAAGUUCCUACUGGCUAGUAGAAUAUCAAUUAUGUAGGGGUUUUUUUGUUUGUUUGUUUGUUUGUUUUUGUUUUUUUUUUUGUGAAAAGUAACAAGUGGGAAUGGGGAUAUGUAAGAGCUAAGCACAACUUUUAGUUUAGCCUUUAAAAAGUACAUUGUUUUAAACAUAUCUGUUACACCCAUAUAGGCUGUAAAAAUAAGUCUGUGUGCUAAUAACUUAUCUAAUGUGCACUGAACAUUUUACUUGUAUUGUCUUACCUUAACACUGCAUGAUUUUUUUAUGUGAAUUGAAUAAAGGAUGCCAUAUGCAUUA